AUGAACAAAUAUAUUUCUUACUCAAAAGUUCUUAAAUAAAUAGCAGUUGAUAAAGGCAAUUUUAAAACAGUUUUAUUUAGAGAAUUUAAAGGUGAUUCUAAACUAAAAGAAGCUUAUGGAAUCCUAAUAAAGGCAGUAAAAAACUAUGAUAAAAUUGUAGAAAUCGGAUCAUUAAUUAAUCAAAAGGAAAAAAAAAAUAUAAUCGGAAAUAUGUAAUUAUUUUGCGUCUUAGUCAUUGAAUAGUUUUAUAGCAAAAAGAAAAAAAUCGAAGGUGGAGGCUAACUCAAAAAAAUAAUUACCGAAAAUAAAGAUUUUAUUGCUAGUUAAUUAAACAUUGACUAAAAUGCUGAUAAUAAUUCUAAUUUGAUAAAAUAAGAUGUUCAUGUUAGAUGGAUAUCUAAGGAUUCAACUCAAAAUAAAUAAACAAAGGAAAAGCAAGUUUCAAAAAAGAAAAGUAGUGAGGAUAAAAUGUAAAUUGAAGACAUUAGGUUGUAAAAUUAAAUGAUAUAAAAAGCAUAACCAGAUGAUAUUAUUGAAAAUUUGUAUACUAUAAAUUACAAUGAUUAUUAAGCAGUAAUUAGCAAAGAUUCUUCAGUUUUAGAUUCUACAGAUAUUGUUAUUUAAAGUAAAUCAUCAGCUAUGCCAGUCUAUCUUCUUUUUAAAAAUAUCAUUGAUUCAUAAUCAAAUGAAUCUUUAUCUGAAGCUUCUAGACCUUCAAAAUCUUUUGAUAUAAUUGACUGCUGCUCAGCACCUGGAAAUAAAACCAUGCAAGCCGCUGAGUAUAUUAAAGGUAGAGGCAAAGUAUUUGCAUUUGAAAAGAAUCAAUAACGUUUUGAACUAUUAAAAGAGAGAGUGUAAAAGUAUGGAUUUGAAUAAGUUAUUUCAUGCCUAAAUGAGGAUUUUUUAAGUGUAGAUGUUACAUAAUAUCCAAAUGUAGAAUAUUUUGUUGCUGAUCCUUCAUGCUCUGGUACAGGUAUGCUUAACCAUAUUUAUUUUGAUGAAGACUAGAUUUAGCUUGAAGAAGAAAAUCUUUAAAAUUAAUAAACUAAAAAAUCUUUUAUGGAAAGAACAUAACAAAUUUUUGAAUCAUAUGAUAACAAAAUGAAACAAAGAAUAGUUGGUUUAGGAUAAUUUUAAUUAAAAAUUUUGAAUAAAUUAGCAACUUUUCCAAGUAUUAAAGCUUUUUCUUAUUCAACAUGCUCCAUACAUUAACAAGAAAACGAAGAUGUUGUUUUUAAAUUUUUGCAAGAGAAUAAAUCAUUUUAAUUAGUUGAAGCUUGUCCUUAAUGGAAAACUAGAGGUUUUAAAACAAAAAACCUUCCAGAUGGUAAUAAAUGCAUACGUUUCAAUCCUUUUGAGGAUAAAUCAGAUGGAUUUUUUGUAGCUUUAUUCUAAAAAAAGUGA